GAAAUCCAAAUGCAGUACAUUUAUGACAAAUCCUGCUUAAGGUGUGUGAAAUGAAAACUUUGUCAAUUUCAACCACGACGGUCUUGACGGUGGUCGUAUCGCCCGCUUCUGGGACUCACGCCGUCGGCCAGAGCUCCCGCCUUCUGCAAAGCACGGGGGCAUCUCUGUUGUCUCCGUGGCCGUGUUUUAUGGUAGCGUCGUGUACGUCGGCGGACAGGCCGUCCUCCUCCCUGUAUGUUGCUUCGGCCAGCGUGAACCCUCCCCGCUUGGUGGAGCCCAUCUGCUGCUGGAAUGUCGAAAUACCCUACCGAAGAACUGACCAGCUUCCAAGGAAAGUGCUUUUGAUGUCGAUUCACGCGUUCAUGUUGCCGAUUCAGAAAGCACGCAGCCGACUCGCGAUGUUCGAGACCAGACCACCGCCUGGACGCAGCGCGACCAGAGCCCUCGGAACAAACACCAGGACGCUGCGGCUGGUACCCGAUCUUUCAGCUGAAGAAAGCGAGUGUCAGCUUGGUGGGUCCUGCCCACGUGGUUCUUGUCACUGUGCGGAGAAGGGUGAGCCAGCUGACGCGUUUAACACGUUAAAUGCUUAAACAAC